AUGAGACCCCUCCAAGAGUCGCUAGUACCCCUACGUAGUUCGAGAUGGCGCGAGACACAAUCUCAAGGUGCGCACCUUGGUGAUCUUCGACGUGCGGUUCGGUAUAAUGGUCCCGAAAGUCCAUGCAUAUCAGGAUGUCGAUCUCUUUGUUGGAAGACUUUUCUUCUUUCUACUGCUGCUGAAGGGCUGAGCUGGGCUCAAGUCUUGGACGAUGAAAGAAAGCUCUACGCUGAGAAACGGGAUCACUUCCUCAAGUAUAUAAAACAUCCAGAAGCUCUUGCAGAGUUGAACAUCGAUCCUUUAACAGAGGACCCCAGUUCUCCCUGGAAUACGAUUCGUCAAGAUGAGAUUGUCCGUGCUGAGAUCCAGCAAGACGUUCAGCGACUCCCCGAUGAAGCUUCAUACCAUGAAGACCAGACCCAGUCAACCAUCUUGAACAUCCUGUUUAUGUACUGUAAACUGAAUCCUGAGCGAGGUGGCUACAGGCAGGGCAUGCAUGAGUUGCUUGCGCCUAUUUUACAUGUUAUUGAGCAGGAUGCCGUGGAUCCAACGACUUUACCGGAAGAGAUUCCUCUGCAUGAUGCUCUUAUCAAAACUCUCGACCAUUCUUUCAUCGAGCAUGACGCCUUUGUCCUGUUCUCAAAGCUUAUGGAACGCGCCCAAUCGUUUUACGAAGUCAAGGAUGUUAUUCCAGCACCAGGAAGUUCUUUGCGGACCCCCAAGUUCGCAGAGCAAAGCUCAGCGAUUGUUGAACGAAGCAAAUUCAUCCAUGAAGUCUGCCUACAGAAAGUUGACCCGGAACUGGCCACUCAUCUGACCAACAUUGAAAUCUUACCACAAAUCUUUCUCAUUCGGUGGAUUCGGCUGCUCUUCAGCAGAGAGUUCCCAUUUGAGCAGUUUUUGGUACUCUGGGAUACCAUCUUUGCUGUCGACCCAACCCUGGAACUCAUCGAUCUAAUUUGUGUUGCUAUGCUGAUUAGAAUUCGGUGGGAUUUAUUGGAGGCCGAUUAUUCUGUUUGCCUUCAACUACUUCUCAAAUACCCUCCUCCACCAGGAGCUCACGGUCCUCAUACAUUUGUUGAUGACGCUCUGUACCUGAGGGACCAUCUCUCGCAAUCUGGGGGAUCAUCACUGAUUAUGAAAUAUACUGGAAAGAUGCCGACAUUAUCUUCUCCACCACAGACCUCACGAGCAGGCACUCCGAGCUUUCGUGGUUUCAACUCUUUUAAGCACAGAGGGCCAGGCCCAAGGCCAAAAAUAUCAUCCCCAUCGCGCUUCCUUCAGCAACAGGGUGGCAUGGAGGCUUUGUUUCAGGGAGCCGCCAAAGGAGCCAAAGGAGUUUAUGAAAGAGGCGAAAAGCUGGGUAUCAACCAAGCCGUACGAGAUGCUAUGGGAGAGAUCAAGCGGAAUCUCAACGAGGCUAGAUCUGCACCUAGAUCUCCGCAACCCCUGGUAAACAACCAAGAAUCAGCCCGGAGCCUGGCGGCAUUGGAGAGGCGGAAUCAGCAACUUGCCGCAAUGCUUGAUGAGACAGUCGAUAACCUAAAAGCUAUAUCUGCCUCGAAUCUUGACGACAAGGCUAAAAGCCUGGAGCUGAUCGAGAUCGCGGCGGCCAAGGUGCAGUUUGUCAAGAUUUACUUGGACGAUUCUUCUAUGGAGGUCCCGGCGUUGCAAACUCCACCACCCGAGGAUAGCCCACAAGAAGUGGCUGUAGCUGAAACAGCUAUUGUUCAGCCUGAGCCUGUGUCAGUGGCAUCCAUGGAGGCUGAUAUCUCGGCUCUUCAGAUAUCCGAAUCAAAGGAAUCAAAGGAAUCUCCAGAGAGCGAAUCAGCACGCCACCCUAGCUCUGAUCGUAUGGACAUAGUCCCGCACGAUGAUGGCAAAUCUGCAAACUCAUUGGCUCCGUCACGGCCAGCUCCAGUCCCUACUCGUUCAACGCUGGCGCAAUCGUCUUUCUCCUGGAUGCUGGAGCCAGACGAGUCGGGGUCUUCAAAAGCGUCUCCGGCGUCUAACAAGUCACCACCGCCCCAGCAUAAGAAAAAGAUGUCGAACAGCGCAAGCCGUGGGAAGAAUGCCUUCUUGUUUGGCGAAGUCACUGAGAGUCGAAACCCCUUGAACUCAGAUGAGAUAUUUGGCCUGGAGCCUCUGAAGAAACUCAAGAACGCCACAGAUGAGGAGAAUACAAAAGAAAUUCUGAAUGCUACAUCCGUCCAAGAUUUAAUGUAUCUCAUGGAUAUAGCAAUUUAUGGCGAGGAAGGACGCUACCCCAACGCGAGUCCUGCUUACUGUUUCCUGGAGAACAAGAAGACGGUUGCUAUCGAAUAUAGCCAACACUGUGGAACACUCGAUAUGCUAGAGACAUCUCUCUGGGCUCGUUUCUGCGUGAAACUCACUCAACACUGCCUCAACAAAUCUGGUACCUUCUUCUACGAAUCAUAUCCUCAUCUGAGAUAUUGCUCCACGAUUCACGACUUUCUCAAGGAACAAGGCCUGGGGGAGUUGUCCAAAUGCUUCCUGCCACAAUCAAACCAUCUCAAAGUGCCGGAUCUGAGAUAUCGGCAUCCUGUUGGCCGGCCCGAUCCUCAUCCCAACGAUGGCAGGGAACUCAGCCGUGCCGAGCAAUUCCCCAGCAGAGUUGCUCUAAUGAAAGAAAUCAUCAGUUCUAAGGGGUCGUUAACUCUGGUCUGGGAUGAGUAUUUCGACCAAAAGUCCUGGGAGAGCAAGCUCCUCAGUCAUGGGAUGGUGCCUGUCGACGAUAUCGACCCUCAAUGUCAGACGUGGACCAUUGGAACCGAUGUAUCGCUGCAUCAAAUUUCUGCGUGGGGAGGUUACAAGCGGCUAAAUGGUUUGGAGAUUGUCAGUCCCGUUCUUAGAAAUACGCCCGAGUGCUGGGAAGAGGUACUGGAUAUGGACUCCAUCCUGCGAAACAACUUCAGAUUGACAGUGGGCAAAUCAUGUGGCUUCCACGUCCAUUGGUCGCAAAUGAAUGUUCCAGCUGACUUCAAACAGUAUGUUCCUGUCGACAAGGUCAUCGACCGCCGUACCUUGGGGAUUCUGAAGAAGCCAUGGACGGCCAAAACUCUACAACGGCUCAAGCUUCUUAUAACUCCUAGCAUGGGCUCCAAGUCUUGCUUCGAUCUUUCUAAGUGCCAUUCCUUUGAUGAGUUUGGUGAAGGCUCCAAAGAUGAGUGUAAAGGGACCGUUGAGUUUCGCUUCCUCGAAGGUACCCUGGAUCCUGAGCUGAUUUUUCGGUGGAGUCAAUUGAUGGUUUCUCGAUCCCAGUUUGCUGAUCUAGCUUCACCACAAGCAUGGCAGAAUUUUGUACCUGCAGUACUGCAGUGUCCAGCCUUGGGCAAGAUGGACCCGAACGUGCUGAGAGUCUUUUUGUUAUUCUUAGGGAAGGGCGACGAUUAUGACUUCUGGGUCAAUCGGAUCGAAAGGACGAUGAAUCUGCCCCUCGACGCACAACAACUGGCUCACAGGCCAAUUGAUAACAAUGAGCUUCUGCCCCCACUCGAUGAAGGGUACAUUGAUGCUUUACGAGAGGAGCUGUGUAUACCAGAGAGAUGA